GCCGGUGGGAAAGUCAGCACGACGUGUCGCGGACGGCUGCGGCCAGAGGCCCCGCUGCGGCCGACGCGCCCCCGCCCAGGCCGCCCAGUGGCCAGGCCCCCCGUCCAGGAGUGGACCCCACAGGCGCCUCCCCGAGCCCCGUGAAAUCCUUGAUGCCGCAGUUACAGAUGCCGAAGCUCCUCAAGUCCCUCCUGCCCCUCCGUGAGGACAAGAAGGGCAAACAGCCGUCGCCCCUGGCACACCAGGCCAGGGGCCCAGAGGCGACUGAGCAGACCGUCCCCGGGGCGAGGGCCCACGGCAGGCCUGCCCAGGGGCCUUCCCAGCUCCCCGUGGCCACCACCUGGCAGACCGCAGACGGCCCGGACGGGCCGCCCAGCCCCCUGAGCGAGGCCUCCAGCGGGUACUUCUCCCACAGCGUGUCCACCGCCACCCUGUCAGACGCCUCCGUCCCGGGCCUGGACGCCGCGGCCCAGACUCCAGGCUCGCCCCCUCUGGCCCUGCGCCUGGUCACCCCCGAGGAGCUCUCGCCCACACCUGCUGUCCCUUGCCCCGACGGGAGCCCCGCUGCCCGGAUGCCUGUGCUGGCCGGGUCCGCUGAGCAGAGUGGCGGCCACCUGGCGCCCGAGGCCAGCGGAGUCUCCUCGGAGAAGCAGGAGCCGGCAGGCGCUUCCCCGACGCUUCCCCGCCCCCCCGCGGCCUCCCUGGAGUCCCCCGGCCAGCAGAAUGGAGGCCACGUGUGCUCCGCCACCCCGCAGCUCGGCCGCCCCAAGGACCCGGCGAAGCCGGCCGGCAGCUGCGAGGCGGACGCCAGCAGAGCACAGCGGCCCCCGGACCCGCUGCCUCUGUCGCUCACCGCGGCCCCGCCCUUCCGCGUCCGGAAGGUUCGAACCUCCUCUGAGCUCACGUCGUUCUCCUGCAUGCUGGGCGGUGACCCCGGCUGCCCCGCCGGUGCCGAGGGGGCCCCCCCGGCCUCGGCAGGGCCGGGCGAUGCCUGCUUCGAGGGCCGGGCCCUGGGGAAGCUGGACGUUUCCUCUGAUUCCGAAGAGGCCAGCGAGGUGCCCGAGUGGCUCAGAGAGGGCGAGCUCAUUUCCGUGGGCACCAACAAAGUGGGAGUCGUGCGCUACGUGGGGCCCACCGACUUCCAGGAGGGCACCUGGGUCGGAGUGGAGCUGGACCUGCCUGCAGGUGAGGGCUGCUGGCGCCGGGGGCGGGGGGCCGCGGGGGGCCGCGGGCCUGCUGUGUGUCCUGAGGCCCAGAAAGCCUGA